UGUUAUUUACCGCAGUGACAAAUAAUUUCAAGUUUUACCCGUUUUAUUUGUCUAUAAUUUCCAUGUUUGCAGACUCUUUGAAAAUAAGACAGUCAGAUUAUAUUUAAUUUGUAUGGAAAUAACUACGCAAUGAACGGUUUAUAAAACUAAAUUUAAUACAUACAUAUUAUCAAGUAAAUAAAAUGGCAUCAAAAACAGUUACCGUAUUAACCAUUCAUGGGCGAAGGCAAAACGUAAAAGUUGAGGCGAAUACAACGAUUUUGGAGGUUCUCGAGCAAGUUUGCAGUAAAUUCAAUUUCAAUGCGCUUGAGUUUGACCUAAAACAUCAUAGCAAAAUAAUGGAUCUCUCGGUGAUGUUUAGAUUUUCCGGUCUUCCCAACAACGCACUCCUCGAGAUGGUGCCGGCAACAAAGGUUCGAACGGAGCAGGAUAUUAUAUUGGUUCUCCAGCUAGAAGAUGGCACUCGACUUAAUGGUACGUUUAAGUCGUCAGCCAAUUUGUUGGAUGUUCUGGAAACGUUGUGCAAAGAAAAGGCCAAUGCUGAAUCCAAUCCAGUAAUGAUUUACAUGCGAAGAGAGGUUUUAUGGGAUUCAUUAGACAGAACUACGUUAAAAAGCUUAGGACUUACAGGCGGUCGUGCCAUUAUUAGAUUACUGCAAAGAAAACCAGAAGAACUCAAGACACAAGCCCACGUAUCAGCUCCAUUGCCGCAAAGGGAGAAAGUUGAUGACUUGGUAUCUGAUUCCCUUGGAAAAGUAUCCAGUGCUCCAUCUAAUGAAACAAAUCAAAAAGAAGCUUGCAGCGACCUAUCACCGCAGAUUUUGGCCAAAAAACCUAAAGGGGAAGAACUUUGUCCCCUGCCUGGACCAUCUAAUGCAGGAACAAAACCAAAGCCUAUUCUAACCAAUGAGGACCCGGUUCGGGAAGAUAAAGCUCCCAGACCACGUUCUAUCAUCAAUAUAUUGGGUGAUCGGGAUGCAGUUUUGUUCCAUCAGGAAUCUGUGGAGCACAGCUCACAGUUUGAUUUGCCAGAUUCAUUCUUCGACAUCACAGUGAAGGAUGUCCAGAAAAUGUACGCCGAUCUAAAAAGCAAAGUGAAGGAGCUGGAAGAACAACCUUUGAUGACGUCGGAUCUUCGCAAACUGGAAGAAGAAAAACGUAUUCUGAACAGUUUGGCACGUUAUAAAAAUACAAUCAUUCGGAUCCAGUUCCCUGAUCGCUACAUAUUGCAGGGAAUUUUCAAACUGCAUGAGACGGUAGCCGAUGUCAUAGCUUUUAUAAUAACGAAUUGUGAAAAGCAGUUGCCGGCAAUUCAUCUGUAUACUACUCCUCCCAAGAUAAUCUUGUCGCCUGAAAGCACAUUGGUCGAAGCAAAAUGUGUACCGCAAGCCAUCUUACAUGUUGGAUUCGAGGGCGACGUUAAACCAGAUAAACCGCUAAGAGCAGAUCUAUACGAGCGCCUUUCGAAUGCUACAGGGGCGGCGGAGCUUGCGGCUCAAUCCCGAAAGAACGCGUACGGCAGUUUGCCGUCGACAACGUCAUCCGUGAUGGAAAUCGAUUUGGAGGAGGACACCGGCAAUGCAGCCGGAACCGAGCGUAGCCUUAAUCGGAUACCAAAUGCAAACUUUAGACCAUCGUCCGUACAAUCUGCCACAAGCAGCGGAGUUAAAACGCCCAAAUGGUUUAAACCAGUGGGAAAAUAAUAUAUUUACUAUGUUAUCAUUAUACUUAUUAGGUUUUGUUUUUCAAAUAUAUUGUGUUUUUGAUAAGUUGUAGGUAGUGAAUAAACAUUCAGAAUGAAUUUCA